AAAGAAGAAGGACGGCGUCACGCGUGGUGAAGGGUUAUUGUCAAUAAAACUGUUUAUUGAAAACAAUUCAUUCAUGGCCGACUCAAAACUGGAAAAUCUUCCAGGUUCCGAUGACAAAUUCCGUUGUCCUAUAUGUCUGGAGGAGGUAAGGAACCCCAAAUAUUUGACAUGUUAUCAUACGUUUUGUAAAUCCUGUAUUCAGACCUACAUAUCAAGUACGGCGGCGUGUAGCGGUGAUAAUUCUCCUAAAACUAUCCAGUGUCCCGUCUGUCGGAAGUCCAUCCAAGCUCCAAGUAAUGACGCCUCCAGUGAAGAAUGGGCCUGUAGUUUACCGGAAGAUAAACUGAUUCUGAGUAUGUCUAUAGACUCGGAUAGAAGUGAAAACCAGUAUUGCAUGUUUUGUCAGCGAAAUGACAAAACCGUCCAAGCAAAACAUUGGUGUAAAACUUGUACGGAAACGAUUUGUGAUGACUGCAAGUCAUUUCACUCCCAUGUCCCAUUGCUCCAGGGUCACAAAAUAGUGCGUCUUGCGGAUGUCGAAGAUUUGAGAAAAGAGACAGAAAUAGAUGAACCUUGUGUAAUACAUAAGGGGAAGUAUGUUGAGGUAUUCUGCCAUGAUCAUGAUCAGCUUUGUUGCAGCACAUGUUUUUUCACCAAGCAUAGAUUUUGUAAAAAGGUGGAGUCAUUUGAAGAUGUUACAAUGGAACUUGAAGAAGCCCAUGGUCAAAUAACACCGACGUGUUUCGAAGAUGUCCUAAAGAAACUCAAUCACAUACAGGAAGAAUACAGGAAAACAGUCAUAAAUCUCAAUACCAAAAAACAGGAGAUCUGUACUAACACUGACACAAAAAUUGAAGAAAUAAAGGCACUUCUAGACAAAGCCCACAGCCAAUGGAUGAAGCAGUUUGAACAGAAGCAUUCUGACGCUGUUGGAAAUAUUGAAAUAGUGUCUGAUGAAGUAAAACGGCUUUCCAUAACAAUGCAAGAGGCAAAAACCAUGCUCCAUAGGGUUCUAGAAAACGGAUCUACAAAGCAGAUCUUUGUUAGCCGAUACAAAAUACGCCGUCAAAUUUUGGAUCAUGUUGAUCGUCUGCAUGAUUUGAAAAUCAUGGAUGCCGUGCAUGAUUACAAUCAACCUGAUACAGACUUCCUUCGUCAAGUCUGUGAUGAUCGAAGUUUUCGAGAUGUAAGUGUUUUUGAGAUGCCUACUGAAACACUGGCAACAUUGUCAGAAUUUGCUGCUCAACUGCAAAACAAUCAAAUAUUGUAUAGACAAAAAAUUAUGUCCCAGAAGGACUGGAUGAAAAUAGGAUUUGAAAAACUUUCUGAAUCUGAGCUUAAAACAAUAGUGUGUUAUGGCUUAUUUGUAGAUGACAUAAACGUACUUCUAUCCGUAGAAAAUCCACCAUCUCUUCAGAUUUAUGACAUCACGGACACCAAUGCAAAAUGUGUUCUCACGUAUCCAUGUUCUACCACUCCAUAUGACCUCUGUCACGAAAGGAAUAGUAUGCAUAACGUGUUCGUGUCUUUUACGACCCAUGUUGAUCAAUUUAGGGUCGAAAUAUCUAAUAGUGUAACACUUAGGAAGAUCAAAACCAUUGAAUUGAAGACACAAAUGAAAGCGCUUUCUUGUGGACCAGAAAUGUUUUUCACAAAAAAUAAUGAGAUGAGAAUGAUUUGUACACCAGAUUUUUCAGUCAAGUACAAUUCACCGGUGCCAUGUAGGUUAAAUCCACCAUUUAUUUCGGCGUCAUUCCAUUCUGAUCUGCAUGCCGUUAUUGUAGGCAAUGAUUUACUAGUUGUAGACAGAAACAAUGAAAAGUUGUUCAAGAAGAAUCUACGAACUUGUUUUGCACGUGGAUUAGCGUUUGAUUUACAAGAGAAUAUUUUUGUUUGCCUGAUGAAUAAUAAUCUAAUACAGAUCAAAAAUGGAGGCGGUGAGAGUAGAUACAUUGAAUUACCGGAUAUCAAAGAAUCGUACAAUGCAGUACUUCAUCCAACUGGGGAGAAGGUGCUUAUUCUGGACUAUUGGAAAAGAUUUUGUGUUUACAGAGUAUCAUAGAUUCACAAAUAAAUGAGA